AGCCCGGCAGCCCUUCCGCAGCCCGCAGGAAGCAGGAAGGGGGAUGGAAUGGGAUGGGAUGAGGUUCGGUACCGGUGCAUUUUAGGAACCCCUCGACCACCCGUAGGUCUCUCUUCUUCCAUCCCUGCAGCGCUCCGUCCCACGGUGCCGGGGCCAUGGUGGUCCUGCGGGCCGGGCUGUGUCCUGGUCUCACCGAAGAGAUGAUCCAACUCCUCAGGGCAAACAACAUCAGGACCGUGGUGGACUUUGUGUCAUCGGAUCUGGAGGAUGUUGCCCAGAACUGUUCCGUGUCUUACAAGGUGCUGGUGGCUGUGCGCCGUGUGCUGCUGGCCCAGUUCUCAGCCUUCCCUACCAAUGGAGCAGACCUCUAUGAGGAGCUCAAGAGCUCCACUGCCAUCCUGCCGACCGGCAGCCCCAGCUUGGACCAGCUGCUGGACGCAGGGCUGUACACCGGGGAGGUGACGGAGCUGGCAGGAGCACCAGGCAGUGGGAAGACACAGGUGUGCCUCAGCAUCGCGGCCAAUGUGUCCCUCGGCCUCAGGCAGCACGUCGUCUUCCUCGACUCCACGGGGGGGUUCACUGCCUCCCGCCUCUACCAGAUGCUCCAGGCCCGGGUGGAGGACAGGGAGGAGCAGAUGGAGGCCCUGCAGCGCGUGCAGGUGGUCCGCGUGUUUGACAUCUACGAGAUGCUGCGUGCCCUGCAUGAGGUGCGGGACUGCCUCUCCCAACAGGUGGAGAGCUCGGCGGGGCUGCUCAAGGCAGUGCUCAUUGAUUCGGUAUCAGCCGUGCUGUCCCCGCUGCUGGGUGGCCGGCAGUCAGAGGGCUUGGCCAUCAUGAUGCAACUGGCCCGGGAGCUGAAGACAUUGGCCAAGGAAUUCAGCGUGGCGGUGUUGGUGACCAACCAGGUGACAAGGGACAACAGCACCAGCGCUCUCAAGUCAGCACUUGGCCGCUCCUGGAGCUUCGUGCCCAGCACCCGUGUGCUGCUGCAGGGCAGAGCAGCUCCGUGGGAGGAGGGCACUGCACACACUGCCUGCUUGGCCAAGUCACCGCGCCAGCCAACGGGGAUGCAGGUGCAGCUGGAUAUUGGCAACGAUUAUAUGCAAGAACAGAGGCCAGUGACACCCACACCAUGACCCUGAUGGGGAUGGAAAAGCAAAUGUCAAGGUCUGGAAGAGCUGUAAAAAAAACUAUGCAGACGCUGAGCACAGACUGCCUCUGAGUCCCACAACACAGAACAGCUCCUGUUUUUCUGCCUUGUGAGAAAACAUGCGUGGGGUUCUUGGAGAGCUCUCUUGGCACAUGUGUGGUUGGCAUGGGGCAGGCAGGUCCCCUCCUCUGCCACUAGUGGGACUCUCCCAUCCUUGGCAUUGGCUUGGGAUCACAUCCUUGCAGUGAUGUUCCCUCCUCGUAACUGCUGCUUUGGGCAGCCCAUGGUGCUCUUGGUUGAGAAAUAAAGGUGUUACACACUGUUA